AUGGGGAAAAAUAAAAAGACUCAUCUGACUCACGCAGAGAUCUGGGACGACGCUGCUCUUGUCCAGUCUUGGGAUGAUGCUGUUGAAGAAUACGAGGUAAGUCACGGCACCCUCAGUGCACGUGACCUCCAGUUAACCUGGUGGCAGCUCUAUCACAGUGUACAUGCCAAGGGUGAAAAUCUUGAAGAGGUUCUGAAAAAAGCAGAGGAAUCUGGUACUAUCGAUGAUGUUCAAGUUGCCGACAAGCCCGAUGGCACGGUCGCAGAUGAUCAUGCUGUCCAGCCUAAGGAUGAAGAUAUCUCGAUGAAUAUUGACGAGCAACCUUCCGUAUCUAGCAACGAGCCUGCUGUUGAGUCUGUGGCCACCUCUGGUCCCGGUGUUUCUACUGCUCAUGCAUCCAUGCCUCACGCCGUCAUGGCAAAUGAUGAGACUUUGAAGAACCUCAUGAUGUCGUGGUACUAUGCGGGAUACUACACUGGCCUCCAUGAGGGCCAGCAGCAGGCAAGCCGCAAGUAG